UAAGAGGUUUACUGACUGAGGGCUCUGGACAGUCCACCUCUACCUCCACCGCUAGUCAUUUCAAACCGCAACAGUAACUAUCCGGUGUCCUAUUUUUGGCAGUAAUUGAGAUAUUAUCAGUAUUUCUUCUAUAUUCUGAAUAUUCACACUCUUAUUUUUUGGACCCCUCCAGGAUUGUUAGCCAAGACAAACGCUGAGGAUGGCUGGUCAGCUGCAGGACGUCAUCCAGAGAUGGGUAAGCUAACAUGCUAACAGUGGCUCAUACCAGAAUGAUAACAACUAGCUAUGCUUAUAAUAAUAUGAUUGAUAUUACAUUUUCUACAAUAAUAUGACUAAUCAGAUGCAUAAUACUGUCAGAAUUAUUACUUUGAACUAGCUGUCUCUGUGAGUGGUGUGGUGUCAGUUGGCAUUUUGUUUCUCUACAGCGAGAAGCCGUGGUGGAAGAUGGUUUAAGGCCAGAGGACCAUGAACUGUUCCAGAAUGCUGGAUUGAUGUGUAUUAAUCAGGGUGACACGACACAACUGCUAGACUUCAUUCAGGAUGAGAAGAACAAGGUAAAUGCAUCGAUCACCAUCACAUUCACAAGCCCUCCUAUGAAACCCCCUCUCAUGCUCCGCCAAGUGAGUAAUUAAAUUCACAGAUAUCCUAAGAUGAAUCACACCUUACUGUUACAGAGUGAACAGGGAGGACAUUGGGUGCUUUUACACUGCUCCAUUUGUGAAAAUUGUUGUAAAAUAUACCUUGUGUUUGACACAUUUCUACACAUUGACAGUGUAGUGUAGUAGAUUCCAGAGUCCCAGAGGCCGAUAAUAGUGAAGACAGACACAGUCACACUCCAGUCUCCUCUGUGACAACAUCAGCAAGUCUACUACUACAGCUAACAGUACACUUUCACAGCCACUUUGCCAUCAUGGACAUAUAGUUUGCAUCCCAAAUGGCACCCUAUUCCCUACAUAAUGCACUACUUUUGACCAGGGCCCUGGUAAAAAGUAGUGCAUUAUGUUGGGAAUAGGGUGACAUUUGGGAUGUAUACAUAAAAUAACGAUCGCCUCUCUGCCACUACCCAGAGCUUGUUGGUGGGCUGUUGACCUGAAGGUGUGAGAACUGAACCAGCCGAUAUCCAGUCAGAUUUCUCGCUCCAGUGAUGGUGACCCUGUUUGGAAAGGCUCUUCCCUAAGUGCCCUUGGUUGUCCCACCUCCCCACGCCUUCUUUUGCUCUACACCCUACACUUACAGGAGCAUGUGUCAGGGUGGUUUUUCUAAGUCUUUCAGCAGCUAAAGGAGCCUCAGGAGGUUUCUGGCUGGGAGAAAUUGAAUUGACUCAUAAAUGAGAAAUCUGUGAGAAAGCCUUCAACUUGGACGUCAAGGAUUAUCAAAUCAAAUCACAUUUUAUUUGUCACAUGCGCCGAAUACAACAGGUGUAGACCUUACAGUGAAAUUACUUACUUACAAGCCCUUAACCAACAAUGCAGUUUUAAGAAAAAUAAGUGUUAACUAAAAAAUAGAUAUGUAAAAAUGUUUAAAUAAAUAACAAAUAAUAAUAAUUAAAGAGCAGCAGUUGCCAUACCAGGCAGUGAUGCAACCAGUCAGGAUGCUCUCGAUGGUGCAGCUUUAGAACCUUCUGAGGAUCUGAGGACCCAUGCCAAAUCCUUUCAGUCUCCUGAAGGGGAAUAGGCUUUUUCGUGCCCUCUUCACGACUGUCUUGGUGUGUUUGGACCAUGAUAGUUUGUUGGUGAUGUGGACACCAAGAAACUUGAAGCUCUCAAUCUGCUCCACUACAGCCACGUCGAUGAGAAUGGGGGCAUGCUCGGUCCUCCUUUUCCUGUAGUCCACAAUAAUCUCCUUUGUCUUGAUCACGUUAAUGGAGAGGUUGUUCUCUUGGCACCACACGGCUAGGUCUCUGACCUCCUCCCUAUAGGCUGUCUCAUCGUUGUUGGUGAUCAGGCCUACCACUGUUGUGUUGUCGGCAAACUUAAUGAUGGUGUUGGAGUCAUGCCUGGUCAUGCAGUCAUGGGUGAACAGGGAGUACAGGAGGGGACUGAGCACGCACCCCUGAGGGGCCCCCAUGUUGAGGAUCAGAGUGGCAGAUGUGUUGUUACCUACCCUUACCACCUGGGGGCGGCCCGUCAGGAAGUCCAGGAUCCAGUUGCAGAGGGAGGAGUUUAGUCCCUGGGUCCUUAGCUUAGUGAUGAGCUUCGAGGGCACUAUGGUGUUGAACGCUGAGCUGUAGUCAAUGAAUAACAUUCUCACGUAGGUGUUCCUUUUGUCCAGGUGGGAAAGGGCAGUGUGGAGUGCUUUAGAGAUUGCAUCAUCUGUGGAUCAGUUGGGGCGGUAUGCAAAUUGCAGUGGGUCUAGGGUUUCUGGGAUAAUGGUGUUGAUGUGAGCCAUGACCAGCCUUUCAAAGCACUUCAUGGCUAUAGACGUGAGUGCUACGGGUCUGUAGUCAUUUAGGCAGGUUACCUUAGUGUUCUUGGGCACAGGGAACAUGCUUGAAACAUGUUGGUAUUCCAGACUCAUUCAGGGACAGGUUGAAAAUGUCAGUGAAGACACUUGCAAGUUGAUCAGCGCAUGCUCGGAGUACACGUCCUGGUAAUCCGUCUGGCCCUGCAGCCUUGUGAAUGUUUAACUGUUUAAAGGUCUUACUCACAUCGGCUAUGGAGAGCGUGAUCACACAGUCGUCCGGAACAGCUGAUGCUCUCAUGCAUGCUUCAGUGUUGCUUGCCUCGAAGCGAGCGUAGAAGUAAUUUAGCUUGUCUGGUAGGCUUGUGUCACUGGGCAGCUCGCAGCUGUGCUUCCCUUUGUAGUCUGUAAUAGUUUGCAAGCCCUGCCACAUCCGACAAGCGUCGGAGCUGGUGUAGUACGAUUCAAUCUUAGUCCUGUAUUGACGCUUUGCCUGUUUGAUGGUUAGUCGGAGGGCAUAGCGGGAUUUCUUAUAAGUGUCCAGGUUAGAGUCCCGCUCCUUGAAAGCAGCAGCUCUACCCUUUAGCGCAAUGCGGAUGUUGCCUGUAAUCCAUGGUUUCUGGUUGGGGUAUGUACGUAUGGUCACUGUGGGGACGACGUCAUCAAUGCACUUAUUGAUGAAGCCAGUGACUGAUAUGGUGUACUUCUCAAUGCCAUCAGAAAAAUCACGGAACAUAUUCCAGUCUGUGCUAGCAAAACAGUCCUCUAUCUUAGCAUCUGCUUCAUCUGACCCCUUCUUUAUUGACUGAGUCACUGGUGCUUCCUGCUUUAGUUUUUGCUUGUAAGCAGGAAUCAGGAGGAUAGAAUUGUGGUCAGAUUUGCCAAAUGGAGGGCGAGGGAGAGCUUCGUACGCGUCUCUAUGUGUGGUGUAAAGGUGGUCUAGAGUUUUUUUUCCCUCUGGUUGCACAUUUAACAUGCUGGUAGAAAUUAGGUAAAACUGAUUUAAGUUUCCCUGCAUUAAAGUCCCCGGCCACUAGGAGCGCUGCCUCUGGAUGAGCGUUUUCCUGUUUGCUUAUGGCCUUAUACAGCUCAUUGAGUGCGGUCUUAGUGCCAGCAUCGGUUUGUGGUGGUAAAUAGACAGCUACGAAAAAUAUAGAUGAAAACUCUCUUGGUAAAUAGUGUGGUCUACAGCUUAUCAUGAGAUACUCUACCUCAGGCGAGCAAAACCUCGAGACUUUCUUAAUAUUAUAUUUUAAUAUUAUAUCAUACUUUAAAAUGAGAACAUGUAAGGGAAAUGUAGUUCAUUUUGAUGGUCAUAAAAGGGUCUAUAGCUACCCUGCAAGGACGUCAUGGAGUCAUAAAAGGGUCUGUAGCUACCUCGCAAGGACGUCAACUUAUUGAUCGAAUUGAGGGGGUAGUCAAGGUGGUCAUAAUCAAGAGAGCCCACAUUCAACCAACAAUUUGUAUGCCACCCCAUAAACUUGUGCAACUGUUGCAGCAUUCUUUGUAAAUGUAAAAAGUAGACACAACAUGACUCAGAAGUUUCUGGUUAUUUUAUCUGACCCAGGGUAUAGUGGAGUCUAUGGGCUGUGGCCUUCUGGCUUCCCUGGUGGCCGAGGUACUGAAGAAGAAGAGUUCCUUUACCUGUCAGGCCGUUAUCACACACCUGGCCAAGGUAAACUAUAAACACUAUGAAUGACCUUUGACAGAAGUGGCUGGCAGGAGGCUAAACAGUGGGUAGAUUCACAUGGCAUGGCAUCAGAGUUAACAGUAAUGUAUAAAUCUGCUCUCUCAGACAUGCAGCCCGAUGGAACUCAUGCUGAUUUUUCUCGGCCAAGUGGAUGACCUUCAUCCGGACCUCAUCGCUGAUACCAUCGUACUUAUGGCCCCCCAUCUUCAGACAGGUAAUACUGAGCAGUGGUAUAACUAGUAAAGAUACAGUAGAAUAUUAUAGAAUAGAAUGCAGUAUAUACAUAUGAGAUGAGUAGUGCAAGAUAUGUAAGCGUUAUUAAAGUGACUAGUGUUCCUUUAAGAAAUGGAACACUAGUCAAUUUAAUAAAGUUUACAUAUCUUGCACUACUCAUCUCAUAUGUAUAUACUGCAUUCUAUUCUAUAAUAUUCUACUGUAUCUUAGUCCAUGCCGCUCUGUCAUUGCUUGUCCACAUAUGUAUAUUUUCUUAAAUUCCAUUCCUUACAAGUCUUGUGUGUAUUGGGUAUAUGUUGUGAAAUUGUUAGAUAUUACUUGUUAGAUAUUACUGCACUGUCGGAGCUAGAAGCACAAGCAUUUCGCUACACCCGCUAUAACAGCUGCUAAACACGUGUAUGUGACAAAUACAAUUUGAUUUGAUUUGAUUUAUAGCUGCUACAGGUAACACGGUGAAUUGUGAAGGCUAUCUCCUGCAGAUGUUGUUUGCUGCCCUCUACUGGACACUUACUGUAACUUCAUUUUGAUGACAUUUACUUUCAUUUUUUUCUCCCGAUUUAAAAAAAAGAUGUAUAAACAAACAAACAAACAGAACACAAAAACAACACAACCACCACAGCCAAUACACACCCCAACAUGCCCACAACUGUCCAUGAACCUACAAAAACACAGUAGCCUUCCCUUUCAAUACACAUAUACAUAUCAAAUUCAAACACAAUUAUGUCUGUUGGGAAAUCUUACACUCCUCAAGAUGACCAAUGUAUGGUUUCUAGAUUUUAUCAAACAUGUCUUUUUUUUUUGGCUUAAUUUUAUAAAACACAUAAUCUAAUGGAAUGUAACUACAUAGUUCAGCCCUCCAGUUCGUUAUUGACGUUGAGUGAGUAUGAUGCUUUCCAAUUGAUAGCUAUACAUAUUUUUGCAGCAAUUAGACCUACACUACCAUUCAAAAGUUGGGGUCACUUAGAAAUGUCCUUGUUUUCAAAAGAAAAGCAAUUUUUUUGUCCAUUAAAAUGACAUCAAAUUCAACUGUGUUCCAAUGGCACGUUGUGUUUGCUAAUCCAAGUUUAUCAUUUUAAAAGGCUAAUUGAUCAUUAGAAAACCCUUUUGCAAUUAUGUUAGCACAGCUGAAAACUGUUGUGCUGAUUAAAGAAGCAAUAAAACUGGCCUUCUUGAGACUAGUUGAGUAUCUGGAGCAUCAGCAAUUGAGGGUUCGAUUACAGGCUCAAAAUGGCCAGAAACAAAUAACUUUCUUCUGAAACUCGUCAGUCUAUUCUUGUUCUGAGAAAUUGCCAAGAAACUGAAGAUCUCGUACAACGCUGUGUACUACUCCCUUCACAGAACAGUGCAAACUGCCUCUAACCAGAAUAGAAAGAGGAGUGGGAGGCCCGGUGCACAACUGAGCAAGAGGACAAAUACAUUAGAGUGUCUAGUUUGAGAAACAGACGACUCACAGGUCCUCAACUGGCAGCUUCAUUAAAUAGUACCCGCAAAACACCAGUCUCAAUGUCAACAGUGAAGAGGUGACUCCGGGAUGCUGACCUUCUAGGCAGAGUUGCAACGAAAAAGCCAUAUCUCAGACUGGCCAAUAAAAAUAAAAGAUGGGCAGUUCUGUGAAGGAAGUAGUACACAGCGUUGUACGAGAUCUUCAGUUUCUUGGCAAUUUCUCGCAUAGAAUAGCCUUCAUUUCUAAGAACAAGAAUAGACUGAUGAGUUUCAUAAGAAAGUUAUUUGUUUCUGGCCAUUUUGAGCCUGUAAUCGAACCCACAAUUGCUGAUGCUCCAGAUACUCAACUAGUCUCAAGAAGGCCAGUUUUAUUGCUUCUUUAAUCAGCACAACAGUUUUCAGCUGUGCUAACAUCAUUGCAAAAGUGUUUUAUAAUGAUCAAUUAGCCUUUUAAAAUGAUAAACUUGGAUUAGCAAACACAACGUGCCAUUGGAACACAGGACUGAUGGUUGCUGAUAAUGGGCCUCUGUACGCCUAUGUAGAUAUUCCAUUAAAAAUCUGCCGUUUCCAGCUACAAAGCCAUUUACAACAUUAACAAUGUCUACACUGUAUUUCUGAUCAAUUUGAUGUUAUUUUAAUGGACAAAAAAUUUGCUUUUCUUUCAAAAACAAGGACAUUUCUAAGUGACCCCAAACUUUUGAACAGUAGUGUAAGUUACAAAACGUUCUUUGAUAUUGGUCAAGAAUAUUGACAUUUCCGAAGAGUCAUAACCGUGGAGAUGGAUGGAUAUAAAUUCCUUGACACAAUGAUAUGAUAGCACAGACAUUAUCCCAAAAUGGUGUCAAUUUCUCACAGGACCACAGCAUAUGUAAUAGGGUUCCUUUGAGUUUUUUGCAUCUCCAACAGCGAUAUGACAUUUCUGGGUACAUUACAUGCAUUCUGGCAGGAGUGUAGUAAAUCCUAUGGAUUAUCUUGAAUUGCAAUAAUUUAUGUCUAAGGUUGUAGGAGCAAAUAUAAAAAUUUUCACAUAUCUGUGACCAAUAGUUCUCAUCAAUUUCUUCUUUGAGAUCUGUUUCCCAUUUUUACCUUAUAGGUUCUGAGCUAUCAGGUAGAAAUUCAGUCAACCCUUGAUAUACAGUGCCUUCGGAAAGUAUUCAGACCCCUUGACUUUUUCCACAUUUUGUUACGUUACAGCCUUAUUCAAAAAUGGAUUAAAUAAAUAAAAAUCCUCAGCAAUCGUCAUACAAUACCCCAUAAUGAUAAAGCAAUAACUCGUUUAGACAUUUUUGCUAAUUUAUUCAAAAUAAAAACAGAAAUACCUUAUUUACAUAAGUAUUCAGACCCUUUACUAUGAGACUCGAAAUUGAGCUCAGGUGCAUCCUGUUUCCAUUGAUCAUCCUUGAGAUGUUUCUACAACUUGAUUGGAGUCUACCUGUGGUAAAUUCAAUUGAUUGGACAUGAUUUGGAAAUGCACACACCUGUCUAUUUAAGGUCCUACAGUUGACAGUGCAUGUCAGAGCAAAAACCAAGCCAUGAGGUUGAAGGAAUUGUCCGUAGAGCUCCGAGACAGGAUUGUGUCGAGGCACAGAUCUGGGGAAGGGUACCAAAACAUUUCUGCAUCAUUGAAGGUCCCCAAGAACACAGUGGCCUCCAUCAUUCUUAAAUGGAAGAAGUUUGGAAUCACCAAGACUCUUCCUAGAGCUGGCCACCCGGCCAAACUGAGCAAUCGGGGGGAGAAUGGCCUUGGUCAGGGAGGUGACCAAGAACCCGAUGGUCACUCUGACAGAGCUCUAGAGUUCCUUUGUGGAGAUGGGAGAACCUUCCAGAAGGACAACCAUCUCUGCAGCACUCCACCAAUCAGGCCUUUAUGGUAGAGUGGCCAGAUGGAAGCCACUCCUCAGUAAAAGGCACAAACAAGAUUCUCUGGUCUGAUGAAACCAAGAUUGAACUCUUUGGCCUGAAUGCCAAGUGUCACGUCUGGAGGAAACCUGUCACCAUCCCUACGGUGAAGCAUGGUUGUGGCAGCAUCAUGCUGUGGGGAUGUUUUUCAGAGGCAGGGACUGGGAGACUUGUCAGGAUCGAGGCAAAGAUGAACGGAGCAAAGAACAGAGAGAUCCUUGAUGAAAACCUGCUCCAGAGCGCUCAGGACCUUAGACUGGGGCGAAGGUUCACCUUACAACAGGACAACGACCCUAAGCACACAGCCAAGACAACGCAGGAGUGGCUUCGGGACAAGUCUCUGAAUGUCCUUGAGUGGCCAAGCCAGAGCCUGGACUUUAACCCGAUCGAACAUCUCUGGAGAGACCUGAAAAUAGCUGUGCAGCAACGCUCCCCAUCUAACCUGACAGAGCUUGAGAAGAUCUGCAGAGAAGAAUGGGAGAAACUCCCCAAAUACAGGUGUGCCAAGCUUGUAGCGUCAUACCCAAGAAGACUCGAUGCUGUAAUAGCUGCCAAAGGUGCUUCAACAAAGUACUGAGUAAAGGGUCUGAAUACUUAUGUAUAUGUAAUAAUGUUUUACAUAUAUUUUUUUUAAUAAAUUAGCAAACAUUUCUACAAACUUGUUUUUGCUUUGUCAUUAUGGGGUAUUGUGUGUAGAUUGAUGAGGGAAAAAAACAAUUUAAUCAAUUUUAGAAUAAGGCUGUAACGUAACAAAAUGUGGAAAAAGUCAAGGGGUCUGAAUACUUUCCAAAGGCACUGUAACUUGGCAAUCAACUUCUUUGGUUGCAGCUUCUUUCAGUAUUUUUUCAAUGCUAGAUGCUUUAGGUUAAUCCAGAUUCUGUUGAAGCGAUUUAAUAAGAUUUCUUAAUUGGACUUAGAUAACCCACAUUUUUAUUGUAAUUGAUUGAAUGACAGUAGAGAGCCAUUUUCAUACAUUCCUUUCCAAAUAUUUAUUAAUAAAUUCCCUCAAAACAAGUCAGAAUGCAGUAAAAUAACCUAUACAUAAUGCAUUGCUUCAAUUACUUAAAAAAACGUAUCCUUGCCUCUUCUAGUGCUAUUCAUGUUGUUGACUUUUAAAUGUCUCCUUCCCUCUCCUAGUGCUGCUGCGUCUGGGUGAGGAGAAGGCUCCCUGGGUAGGUCUGGCUCUGGCUGCCCUACAGAAGCAGGUGUCCAGGCUGCCAGUGCCUUACACCAAGGAGCAAGAAGUGGAGGAUGCCUACGGUCUGUGUCGUUGCUGCUCAGCCCUGGCCAGGUUCAUGGAGCCAUUCGUGGAGGAGGUGAAGAGGAAGGACAACAGCGAGGAUGGUGGCACUGCUUCAGACAAUCAGCUAAAGACUGAGCUUCUUAAGUUGUAGGUGUAUGUCUGCCUGCCUGCCUGCCUGUCUGUCUGUCUGUCUGUGUGCUUUGUUGGAUAUGAAUGUUGGUAAAAGGAGCACUUUUUCCUAGAUUUAUCAAUCAGAUGUAGUUGUUGGUAGGGUUAUAAUCAGGAGAGUAGAAGAUACUGCACCGGCUUGUUGAUCUGUAAGGCAUAUUAUUAUUCUAUCUACAGCUGCAUGGGGAGCUUGAGGGAGCCGCUCCUUCAGGCACAGCUUGAUCAGGCUAUAGACAUCCAUAAACAGUCUCCCCUAUGGCACUUUGCGACAGACAUCCUGGUAAGUAAUCUGGGCCUACUUGGUGGCUCUGCACACUACACUAAGGGUUAGCUCUUUUUUCUACUGCAUCUCCCAGCUAGUAAGCGAGACUACCCAGCAAGGCAAUCAACCUCGUAGAGACAAUUUGAAUAUGAACUUAGCUAAAACAAGACUACAUUGUGUUUUUGAUCCUAGGCCACCCUACCAGCCAUCCAGGAGCCUCUCCCAGGCCUCCUGUUCUACAAGGCUCUGAAGAAGAGGGAGAAGUCUGACCUCCUGACAGACAGUACUGAAGCCCAGGAGUCACGGGCCUGUCUGGCAUACCUGCUCUUUGUCCAGCUCAUCACCAUUGAGAGCUUUCCAGCAGUCUUCAGGUGAAACACAGUAGAAAGGUUCUGAAUAACCGUGUCAUUGAAGAUAUGGGGUGAUAACUAUGUUUGAAACAUAUCAUAGUAUUAAUAUUAUUUUGUUGAUCUCUCAGCCCUGUGUUUGUCCUGCAGUGUAAUAUGGAAUAUAUUGACGUCCUACUGAGUAGGUAUGUUUUCAGAGCUAUACUGUUCUUACAUGAUAAUAAAACCUUGGUUUAAGAUAUACAGUGUUCCUCUAAACAAGAGGUUUUCUUUUCUAAAAUAGAAAGGAAGAAUCGUUCCUACUCAAAGGCCUGGUAAGAACAAAUUGAUUGCAAAUCUUCCCAAUACUAUAUUGAGUGAAUUCUCUGAGUAGUAAGUAUUGCUAACUAUUCUUCUCCAUUCUCUAUCACUCAGGAAUUAUAUACAAAAAGCUUGGAGAGAGUGGAGGAUAACAGCCUCCCAGUUGAGCUGUUGGACCUAAAGUCAUUUUACAGUGUUCCACAGGUGAGUCUGACUACAUACCAGAAGCAGUUAAACAGAUGCAUAUGUAAGACGUAAUAAUAAUAAUUUGUGAUUUGUGUUUUUGUUGUUGUAUGGAAAUGCAGCACUUGGUGCAGAUCCUGACUGUGUGUCCGAUUCAGGGUUUGGUAAUUGAAUAAAACUCCUGCAUGAAUAAAACACAUUGAAACUGUACUAAAUCAAAUAAUUUUGGUUCUGUGUACCUGUUAGCCUAAUAAGUAAUUUCUCCUGUUACCAGAGAGAACGAGGGUUUAAAGUGUUCCAGCUCUUCAUAGAUAAAUUGGGACCUGAGGCUAAGCACAAAUUCUUCAGGUGAGAAUACUGUAUAGUCUGUAUGUCUGCACUGGAUGGAUCUGUAGUACUCUAUAAGAUAGGAUUUAAAGAACAGAGUUUCCCCUAGCACUACACAGCUGAUUUAAAUAACCAACUCAUCAUCAUGCUUUGUUUAUUUGAAUCAGCUGUGUAGUGCUAGUGCAAAAACCAAAACGUGCCCCCGGGGGGGGGGGGGGGGGGGGGGGGGGGGCAGGACCACAAGGUAUUACAAACGGGGUAAGAAAUCUUGAAUAUCCUGAUUUCUUAUCGUAGGUGUAUGAUAAAAACCAGUCGCCAUGCCGGAGUAGAGGGUUACAUUAUAAAGAACAUCAAAAAUCAGAUUGAGCUCUCCUUGAAGGUAAGAUAUAGUACAUGACAUUUUGAUAAACAGGACAGUCGCUCCACUUCAUUGCACUAGAAAAGGUGUAUACAGUGCAACCUGUAAUUGCGUUAUUCUCCUUGUUAUCUCUAGCCAGGUCAUGAGAGUGAAUGGUUUGUGGGGAUCCAGGUUCUUCCCCUACUGAGACUGGUUCUGUGUUUCCCACGGGGCCCCGAAACAGACCUGCUGAACAGUAUGGACAGGUUAGUACCGUUUGACCUCUCCCUAUAUUUAGGGCCGGUUACCUGAUACAGAUUAAACCUAGUCCUGGACUAAAAAAAAACACUGUCAAUGGAGAGCAUUGUGCAUACUUUUUCUAGGACUAGGCUUAAUCUGUAUCUGGGAAACUGGCCCAUAGGGUCUGUCUAAGCAAUCCUGCUACCUCUCUCAAGUCUAAAAUACUAGCCCUGGACUGGUGAGCCUGCCUUGCCCCUCUACAAGCUGUGACUGUGAGCGUUCCCUUAUCUGGUCAUCAUUAAUACUGCAGUAGAGAGCUGCAUAUUCUAGCCACGUAUAUCUGGUGCCCAGCAUAAGGCAGAUGGAACAUGGACUACGGCACAGAUCUAUUCUCUAAUGAAGAUCAGGUUUCAUUCCUAGAAUCCCUUUCUUUCGAACAAUGGAGAUAGCGUUCUUAGCCAACAAGAUAUAAUUGAUUAAUCAACUCUGCAUCCAGUUUAAAACAUAGACAGUAGUAAAUUGGUCAACAUAAACUGACUGUUGUCAACUUGUAAUGCCGGAUUGAAACACAGACAAUAUAAUAUAUAUAUAUAUAUAUAUAUAUAUAUAUAUAUACUGAACAAAAAUAUAAAUGCAACAUGUAAGGUUUUGGUCCCAUAUUUCAUGAGCUGAAAUAAAAGACCCCAGAAAUGUUCCAUACGCACAAAAAGCUUAUUUAUCUAAAAUGUUGUGCACAAAUAUAUUUACAUCCCUGUUAGUGAGCAUUUCUCCAUUGCCAAGAUAACCCAUCCACCUGACAGUUGUGGCAUAUCAAGAAGCUGAUUAAACAGCAUGAUCAUUACACAGGUGCAGUUUUGAGGGAGCGUGCAAUUGGCAUGCUGCCGGCAGGAAUUCCACCAGAGCUGUUGCCAGAGAAUUUAAUGUUCAUUUCUCUACCAUAAGCCACCUCCAACGCGUUUUAGAGAAUUUGGCAGUACGUUCAAACACCUCACAACCUCAGACCACGUGUAUGGCGUUGUGUGGGCGAGCGGUUUGCUGAUGUCAACGUUGUGAACAGAGCACCCCAUGGUGGCGGAGGGGUUAUGGUAUGGGCAGGCAUAAGCUACGGACAACGAACACAACUGCAUUUUAUCGAUGGCAAUUUGAAUACACAGAGAUACCGUGACGAGAUCUGUGACGAGAAGGUAUCUGUGACCAACAGAUGCAUAUCUGUAUUCCCAGUCAUGUGAAAUCCAUAGAUUAGGGCCUAAUUUAUUUAUUUCAAUACACUGAUUUCCUUAUAUGAACUGUAACUCAGUAAAAUUGUUGAAAUUGUUGCAUGUUGCGUUUAUAUUUUUGUUCAGUAUAGUAUUCUUUGUCGUUCUCUACCUUAGGGUAAUGGAGUCUCUCAAUCUGUUACGAUACCUGCUUAUGCGAGACAUGGACUGGCAGCAGACUGUGAGUGUUUUUGACACAUUCAUAUAACUCAGAAUAUUAAACCUAGCUACUAGUCAGUUGACGUGCUUAAGACAAGACAGCAUGGUGAUGGCCUAACGCUGAUGUUUUCAGUCAAGUAUAUGGCCGGAGCUGUGCAAGAUCGAAGAGGACUACCUGCAGAUGCUGAGGGUGUGUCUGGCCCUCUCUAGAGCCUACUACACAGGGCAGGUUAAGAACAUGAGAGAGGACAAGAAGAUUCAAGCACAGGGUAAGAAAGCACAUUUCUCUACACUGCAGUACUCUAAUCUAUUAAAAUGUAUUACAUGUAAAUACUGUGUAUUAUUCUGGGAACAAUGUACAACGUGUUAUACUGUGUACAGAAAUCAAUGUAUUAUUGUGACUCUCAUCCACUAACAGAAGCCAGAGAGGCUAGAGGUGCAUUAGUUCAGACUAUGACCGUGAAGAACGAGAAGGUAUCAGAUAUGACCCCAGAGAUGCAGUAUCAGGUAACUACAGCCACGUUACCACAGCUGUUUUUACGUGCUUGUCACAUUGAAUUUAAUAAUUUGAAUUGGCACUGACAGUUAUUUGGACUUCACAGGUACUGCAGUGUGCUCUGGUGACCUUUGACCUGAUGGAGAGUUUAGUGAUCCGUAUUGAGGAGAUAUCAGAGGAGAAAGUGAAAACUGGGACUGCUGUCUAACAGAGACGGCUCAGAGUCUUAUGCUUUUAAAAAUGAUAAUUCAGGC